GCGCGGAGAAGCUCAGGCUCUGGCCUCCUUACCCCUUGCGUGUUGCACCUCGAUACCGAACCGGCCCCAUGAGGCGUAGUCGGCAGGUGACAUGCGCGGCGUGGGUCCGCAGGGGCGUCGCCAAGGAGACACCGGACAAGGUGGAGCUAAGUGAGGACGAGGUCAAGCGUCUCAUUGAGGAAGCCAAGGAGAAAAUAAGAGAAAUUCACAGCAGUGAUGAGGGAGAAGCUGCAGAGGGUGACGAGGAGCAGGCUCACGCUCAGGCCCAGGCAGCCGAGCCCCCAUCGGAGGGCAUCCCAGAGGGAGAGGGGAGCACGGAGGAUGAUGAGCUGGCUGAAUACGAGCUGGACAAGUACGAUGACGAGGACUCAGGCACCAGGACUCUCCAGGAGUCUCUCUUGGGGCUCACGGUCUACGGGAGCAACGAUGAAGAUCCUUAUGUUACCCUCAAAAAUACGGAGCAGUAUGAACAUGAAGACUUUGUGAUUAAGCCCAGUGACAACCUCAUUGUCUGCGGCAGGGCCGAAGAUGACCGGUGUGAUCUGGAGAUCCAUGUUUAUAACCAGGAAGAAGACUCAUUUUACGUGCAUCACGACAUUAUCCUGUCUGCUUAUCCUCUCAGUGUGGAAUGGCUGAACUUUGAUCCCAGCCCUGAUGAAGCCCCUGGAAACUAUGUGGCCGUGGGCACAAUGUCCCCUGUGAUCGAAGUGUGGGACCUUGAUAUCGUGGACUCUUUGGAGCCAGUGUUCUCACUUGGGAGCAAAGACAGGAAAAAGAAGAAAAAGAAGAAAGGGAAAAAGAGCCAAACAGCUGAAGAGACCCCAGAAGGACACACUGACGCCGUUCUCGAUCUUUCGUGGAAUAAACUAAUCAGAAACGUGCUGGCCAGUGCAUCCGCCGACAGCACAGUAAUCCUAUGGGACAUGGCUUUGGGGAAGCCCGCAGCUAACCUGACCUUACACACAGACAAGGUCCAAACGCUGCAGUUUCAUCCGUUUGAACCACAGACCCUGAUUUCUGGAUCAUACGACAAGUCCGUGGCCUUGUACGACUGCCGGAGCCCCCAGGAGAAUCACCGCCUCUGGAAGUUUAGCGGGCAGGUGGAAAGGGUGACCUGGAAUCACUUCUCUCCAUGUAAUUUUUUGGCUAGCACAGAGGACGGCUUCGUGUACAAUUUGGAUGCACGUUCAAAUAAGCCCAUCUUUACACUCAAGGCACACGAUGAGGAGGUUUCCGGACUCGAGCUAAGCAGUCAGGUUAAGGGCUGCCUUGUGACCUCCUCAUCGGACAAAUUCGUAAAGAUUUGGGACAUCUUAGGAGACAGACCGAGCCUGGUGCACUCCAGAGACAUGAAAAUGGGCGUGCUCUUCUGUGCCUCCUGCUGCCCAGAUUUGCCUUUUGUUUAUGCGUUUGGGGGUCAGAGAGAAGGGCUCCGGGUCUGGGACAUCAGCACCAUUUCUUCAGUGAAUGAAGCUUUUGGGCAUCGAGAGCGGCUGAUCGUCACCAGCCAGUCACACUCCCAGGCCAGUGGCUCCCUCCCCCUCACAGGGAGGGACAGUGGGGACACGGACAUGGCCAUGGAAUCUUAAUAAAUCUUUACCUCGUGA